AUGAAAGACCAUACGAAAUCUCGCCGGGGCUGUUUCCAGUGCAAGAAGCGCAAAGUCAAGCGUCGCCGCGAACACUGCUCGUAUCUCGACCAGUUUGGCUCGGCCGAGUCAUCCCCCUGCAGCUGCCCAGCCCGGCAUCCGGUAGGCCGCAGAUCCGAUAUUGGAGCCCCGCGCAGGUCCCUAGAGCCACUGUGCUACGGAAUGGACUUGGAGCUCACUCAUUUUUACUUGACUCACACAUAUAAAACCCUCUGGGUUAGGCAAGAGGCUCGUCUGCUUUGGCGUGACAUCAUUUUCCUCGAUGCCAUCAUGUACCCGCCACUUCUCAGCGGCAUUCUCGCGGUAGCAGCUAUGCAUAAAAUCCUCACCUGCGGCGACCCUGACUCGGCUUAUAAAUCCAUCGCAUUGAGAAAGCAGACGGCUGCGCUAGAGGGUUUCGUGCCGCUCCUGAACUCUGUCACGAAGGAAACGGCGGAGAUCGUGUAUUCCUUCUCUCUUCUCGUAUCCUACUGGGCAUUUGCGUCGUUAAGGCUACCACUCGAGUUGAGUAUACUCUCUACCACUGUGGAUCUGGAGCUAUCUCAAGAUGCGAAUUACUCCCUUCCGACGGGAUCCAUCCUAACCCAGUUCCUCGAACUCCUCAAGAGAGUGCGACCCACCCAUGCUGUUCUUAAUGAAACCCGUCCCCUAGUCCUCACUGGCAAGCUUUCACCUAUGAGCAAGGUACCCGAAGACGGCGAGCUACCUGGCCUUGAUGAAGAUACCAAAAGCGCUCUGUCUGCGCUCGACCGGCAUAUCCACCCCCUUCCCAGAUGCUUGUCCGAGUAUCAUGCUUCGAUACCCCUCUUGAAGAUGGAUACCAUGCACCGGAUAGCCCUAAAGCCGGAAUGGGGAGAGCUCAUUGUCGCAUGGCCGAUCCGCCUGGCAAACGGGUUCAUAGAAGAGGUGAAACUCCGGAACCACGUAGCGCUCACAAUACUCGCCUAUUGGGCUGUUGCCUUUCAUACACUUGAGGAUAGAUGGUGGGCCAAGGGUUGGGGAAUAUCGUUGAUAUCGGAAAUCUCCUCGAUUGUUACGGGUCCUUGGGCUGAGUUGCUAGAGUGGCCGAGACGGCGUGUAGGUUUAGAUGCUGGGUAA